CUUCUGCGGACAUACCCCUGAAGAGUCAGGCAGUGGAGGAUACAGAUAUGACUCAAGACAGCCAGCUGGGGGAAGAAAAUGUACCAGAGACAGAGUCAGUGGAGGAAAUCAUCGAAGACACUCAGCCUGUUGAAGAAGUGACGCAGGAAGAAACAUCACAGGUGAGCCGGACAGUGGAGGAUAUACCGCCUGAGAGUCAUCACAUUGAGGAAAUGCUGCUGGAAAACCAGCAAGUGGACGAGAAUGAUAUAACUCAUGACAUGCAGCCGAUGGAGGAAAUGCUCGAGGACACUCAACCAGUUGAGGAUGUGGCUCAGGAAGCACAAGAGAUGGAGAAGAAUGAUGAAAUUCAGUCUGUUGAGGAAGAAGGACAUGAGAUACAGCCGGUGGAGGACACUCAACCAGUUGAUGAAAUGGCUCAGGAGGAACAACUGGUGGAGGAAAAGCAUAAUGAUGUUCAGCCAGUCGAGGGUGCAGGACAGGAGACACAGGCAGUCGAGGGAAUACUAGAGGACACUCAGCCAGUGGAGGAAGUAGCACAGGAGGUGCAGCCAGUGGAGCCGAUUCCCGAACCCAGCCAAAACCCAGAAAACGCGGAUGGUAUACUUUGCCAAGGGUAUUCUCGAGAGGGCGAGGAAGCUCCACAAAAAGAGCAGCAAUCAGAUGAAGUUAUAGCCUCAGACCAACAUCCUCAAUCACAUGCAAUGCCACAGGAAGAAGAGGCACAACAUGAUUCUCAAUCACAUGCAGUGCCACAGGAAGAAGCCACAUUUACAAUCUCUCAAGAAGGUCACCACGUUGACGUCCUUCUCCAGGAAGGCCACCACCUUGAAGCAUCUUCACAGGAGUUUCCCCUCAUCACCAUUGGAGAUGGGUUCUCAGACUUUGAGCUUUACAUCUCCGAGGUAGGUAGUCACCAACAGAUGAAAUCGGAGCUCGACCAAUACCUGGAGGAAUCUCUGAUGCCGCGAUCACAGGACUUUGAGGUUCUACGCUGGUGGAGCCUGAACCGAACCAAAUACCCUACCCUCUCCAAGAUGGCGGCUGACGUUUUGUCCCUACCCUUUUGCACCGUCUCUCCAGAUUCUGUGUUUGACACGGAGGUGAAAAAGAUGGACAACUACAGGAGCUCCCUUCGACAUGUGACCUU